AUGAUCGAGCCGGCAGCGUGGGCGACGGGACUGAUGAAAUCUCCUGAGCAGUUGACGUUGCGCGACAAGGUGUGGCGUUACAAGAGCGAGGGCAACGCUAACGUGGUUUUGUCGGUGCCCGCCGACGGUACAGUGGUUCGGGUGAUGAAAGACGAGACCGAUGACGGCGGCGGUGAAACUGCGGCGGCAGUGGCGGCCGAAACACUGUCCGUGCGAUUGCGGUUUUGCGACGCCGUGAGGCGUUCGUUUUUCGCCGACGGCCGGCACGUCGACGUGCCCGUGCCGAUGCGCGUGGCCGCCGACGAGUUGCGCGAAAUUGACCGGCUCGUGCGGCCGGACAGGCCGCCGGGCCGGAAGCACAAAGGUCUCGGGUGGGCCGGGUGCCUGGUGGCCGUGUGCCCGGACUACACGACGCUGCCGCCGACGGACGUGCCGGGCGUCUGGUGUGUCGAGAUCAAGCCCAAACAGGGAUGGGUGCACGAGGAGGACAGGGCGUGCGGCCCCGGCGGAGUGCGGGUCAAGUGCCCGUUCUGCGCGCACCAGUACUUGAAGCUGUGCCGGGGCGACGUCCGGAGGCCGAGCGGAUACUGUCCGUUGGACAUGUUCUCGGGCCGCCGCGAGCGGGUCCGGCGGGCCGUCCGCGCACUGCUCCGGGACCCGCAGAACAAUCUGAAGUUGUUCCUGGACGGCGAGCCGCUCGUCGCGCCGGACGACGGUUUCGGGGACGCGGCGAGCGAGGCGCUGGGCGACGUCCCGCGGUUUUGCGCGUUGGUCGCGGGCGCUCUGCUCGGCGACUACGAGGACGGCGGUCGUGACGCUCCGGUGAUGGACGGAUGGGACGAUACGGACGUGGACCGCAUCGCCGCUGCAGCUUCCGGGGCGAUUCCGUGCGACUUCCGCGCCGUGCCGAUGCCCCGGCACUGCGUGCUGCACGAGAUCCUGACCAUGCAGCGGAUGCAGACCGCCGGUUUCGCGGCCGUGUGUUCCGAGUACGACAACGGACUGCGGUUGUCGCGGGAUCCGCAUCAGUUCGGCCACGUCGACCGCAUGCGGCCCGACGGCGGAGACGCGGUUCCGCGGAGCCCGGUGGACGGAUACCUGGUGGCCGCCACGGCCCGGGACUGUUCCGUGUUCGUCACGUUCCGCGGUCCCGGCAGUUCGACGCCGGCGGUGCGCGUCAAGGUGUCCGAUUUGGACCCGAAACCGUUGUCGACCGUCGACAAACAUCGGAUUCGCGACGCAAAAGUGUCGUUGGCCUGUCAACGGUAUUCGGUCGGAUAGUGUGUGUGUGUGUGUGUGUGUGACGUGUUGUGAACUGCGCGUGUCGUCAUCACUCUCCGGUUGUCGUGUGAAGGGAUUAAGCGGGUGUUGUGAAUGCGAUUAUAUAUACAUGUAUGUGUGUGUUUGUGUUUGAUUCACGUCAAUACGUCAUGCGCUGCGAUUCAAAAUAUAUUAUGUUUUACUCUUGGAUAUAUGCUGUACAUUAUAUGUAACGAAGAAUUAAUUAAAUAAACGCCAAUAUAAACACGAAAUAA